CUGAUGUUUUUUUCUCUAUAUUUUCUUUGUAAAUUACUAAACUUUUCUAUCUAUUACAGUUUAUGCACUAUGGAUCAAGCUGCUUUUGAACUUCAGCUGCGUCAAACGCUGCAAGGCAAGGCUGAAAAUGCUGUCAUCCAGCCCGCUCUCCAGCGUGAUCAGUGGUUGCAGGAUUUGUUAAGAAUCAAUUCUUCUGGAGCCCAGUCUACAUUUGACUAUAACCUCAAGAAACGCUAUGAAGUUCUGCGUGUUGGCAAUGCUGACCGACUUAUUCGCAAAAGAAAAGAUACCAGUGAACAUGAAUUUAAGUUUGUUGCAUGUGUAGAAGAAGUGUUUGGUAUUAUUAAAACAGCUCAUGAAGCUAUUGGCCAUGGAGGUGGCAAGAAAACAAUUGCAGAAGUGAGAAAGAAAUGGUCAAACAUCACACAAGAAGUAUGCUACCUCUACAUUUCAUUCUGUGAGCACUGUCAUCAAAAGAAAGCCAGAAAAACUCCAAAGGGUUUGGUAGUAAAACCGGUACGCAGUCAUGAUAUCCAUUCUAGAUGCCAGAUAGAUCUUAUAAAUUUUCAAACAUUACCUGAUGGAAACUUUAAGUACAUCAUGACAUAUGUAAAUCAUUUCAGCAAAUUUUGUGUGUUGCGUCCACUGACAUCAAAAAGAGCAGAGGAAGUCGCAGCGAACCUUCUAGAUAUAUUUCUGACAUUUGGAGCACCUGCUAUUUUACAUUCCGACAACGGACGGGAGUUUGUGAAUGCCAUCAUCACCGAGCUUUCAAUGCUAUGGCCAGAGCUGAAGCUGGUGACUGGACGCCCACGUCAUCCUCAAAGCCAAGGAGCUGUUGAACGUCUAAACGGUGUGAUCCAGGACAAACUAACCAUUUGGAUGAGGGAAAAUAACAGCAAAAAGUGGUCAGUAGGUCUUAAGUUUGUUCAGUGGCAAGUUAAUAUCAGUCAGCAUGAAACAACUGGCCACAGUCCUUUUAAAGUUACAUUUGGACUAGAUCCGCAAGUUGGAUUAGCAUCAUCUAUCGUGCCAAGUACAGCUUUUUGUAAUAUAUUCACCGAGGAAGAUCUCGAGUCAUUUCUGGAAGCAGAGACUGAGGCAGAAGCAGAGACAGGUGCAGAGGCAGAAGCAGCAACAGGGGCAGAGGCAGAAGAAGAAGCACAGACAGGGGCAGAGACAGAAGCAGAAGCAGAGACACGGGCAGGGAGGUCAGAGGCAGAAGCAGAGACAGGUGCAGAAGCAGAAGCAGCAACAGAGUUAGAGGCAGAAGAAGAAGCACAGACAGGGGCAGAGGCAGAAGCAGAGACAGGUGCAGAGGCAGAGGCAGGGGAAGAGGCAGAAGCAGAGACACGGGCAGAGACAGUAGCUACGAAUUUCCAAAAGAUCCGUGUUGCAGCUAAUAUAGGACAAUCAAAGGCAGCAGCACGGAUGACAAGACGCGGCAAAAACCUGCUUAAGCCAUUGUCCAUUGGUCAAUGUGCUACGCUGAGGGUUCCAGAUGUCGAUCGUGGUCCAACAGAUCCAAAAAAUCUGUUAGUAGUCAUCCUUAAGGAAGAAGAAGGACUAUACACUGUAGGUUGUCGGGAGGGAAUUAUUAGAACAAAAUUUACACCAGCUGACCUAAGUGGGAUCAAACAGACCCUUAUAAAGUCUGAAGAGGUUCCUGAUAUCUGCCUAUCGAUGAGAACAGCAACAGCAAGAGCCACUGGU